AUGGAGGGUAUUUUAUUAAAAUGGACAAAUUAUGUUAGUGGUUGGCAACAACGAUAUUUCAUUUUGGACGAUGGAGUUCUGUCAUACUAUCGAUCCAAAGAAGAAAUGAAUAGUGGAUGUAAAGGAUCGGUCAAAUUAUCUGUAUGUGAUGUUAUAGUUCAUAGUUCCGAUCCACGAAGAUUUGAUUUGAUCCUUGGUGAACAAAGAUAUUAUUUGCGUGCUUUAUCGCGGGCAGAUCGACAAAGAUGGGUUAUAGCACUUGGUAGUUCAAAAGUAGGCACUGCACAAUUAAAGUCAGAAGACGUAAAUAUAUAUGAACCUUCACAGACCCAAUUAAUCGAUAAUCAUCGUUCUGAAUUGCGUCUUUAUCAUAAUUUGAUGGUACAACAAGUUAAAGAGAUUCAAAGUGAACUAAAAGAAGGUACGGUCCCAGAUAUGAAUCGUAUUGAUGAAUUAACUGGUAUGUUAAACGCAUCUUGCUCCACAUUCUUAAUAACGUUGGAUGAAUUAAUGAUUUUAAGUAAUGCACAAGCUCCAUGGUUAAGUUCCAUUGUAACAGGAACAACAUUGGAGACAAGUCCUACUAUAUUUCGAAAUACAUCAUGUCUUACCAAUACAGAUCCUUCUAAUAUACAUUCACCAAAUAUGAGUAAUAAUCUUUGUUCUUCAUUGACGAAUGAUCCUGUCUUUCGAAAUUCACAUGCACAAUCAUCAUUGAAUCGUCGUCACUUCAAUGCUACACGAAAAUAUCAAACUUUUUUUUCUACUUUAGAAUAUAGUUUUGAAGAGAUUAAACCAUCUAUACCUAUUCAACCAAUUCCAGAUAAUGAUGAUGAAAUAAAACUACCUGGUGAUUAUUUAUCAGCAUUAGAAUUUGUUAAAGCAUCUAAAUGUUUAUUGCAUUUUCUUGAUCGAUUAAAUAAUAAUAACAAUAAUAAUACUAAUCAAACUAAUUGUACAUUAUCAACUACUUCACGUACUUUUAUUGCAUUACAACAAAUUCGUCAUCGUUUAUUAACUUAUUUAAAUUGUAUUGAAUUUCAUGUUGAAAUGCAUACUUCCACAACAAAUAUUAUUAAUGAUCAUCAUAAUCAUACUACUGAUAUGAAUACUACUGUUAUCGGUGGAACCGAUGAAAACUUAUCAAUAGACAGUAAACAGAAUCAUCAUGAUACAAAUGUAAACAAUCAUUGUAAUAUUUUAUUUAAAAAAGCUCAACUCAGCUUAGGUUAUCUUUUGCGAUAUGAAGUGAAACAUAAAGAAUCUAUUCAAGAAAAUAAUAAUUCAGUUUAUAUGGCUAUUCUGUGGUUAUGUAGAUGGUUGAAUUUUGUCAGAGAAUUUAUUCAUCAUUUAUUCUGUUCACCGGAUCCAUCUUCACUUAUUAAUAAUACAUUAAAUACUGAUACAAGCCUUGUUACUAUAGCAAAUGAAGCGUAUACACGAUGUUUACGACCUUUUCAUUCAUGGUCUGUACGAGGUAUGGCUAUGGUUAUUAUACAAUCACUUCCUUCACGUUUAUACUUAUUUGAAUUAUUAUUAAUGGAUAAUCCAGAAACAAUGCCAUCGUCAAUCACUUCACCGACUGGAUUACCUCUUGGGUCCUUCAAUGAAACUAAAUCAUUAUUAAUACGUUAUCCAGAAGCAUAUAUUCAAUUAAAAUCAGAUGCUACACGUUAUUCCGAAGCAUUAGGUCGUUUCUUAACAUUAAUCGAAGGUCUUUUAGCCAGUUUAGAUUUAAAUCGUAUAUUCACUGGGUCAGAAAGUUAUUAAUAUAAAGAAUGAGGACGGGGGGGUCUGUUUCGUAACUUUAUCUUCUUUAAUCCUCAUCAUAUCAGUGUAAUUUCGUUGUUUACAUUGAACACAUUCCUUACUUUGUUUUUAUAUGUUAUGGCUGUUUCUAAUAUCAAUAAUAAACCUAUAAACUAUUCAUUUAAAACUAUUUUUCUAUGUAUAGUCUCUUUUUUUUAUAAUUUUUUUGUUUAUAUG